AUGGGUGAUGAGGUUAAAAAUCUAAAAGUCGGCACUCCAGCAGCAAUACGUAAUAUUGGAGGUUAUUCUGAAUUUACCAUGGUACCCUCAGAACUCAUUAUUCCUGUCGAAUCACUGCACCCUGAAGUUGUUGCCAUGCUUGUUUCUGGACUUACAGCAUCCAUUGCUCUAGAAAAGGCAGCACACAUGAAGUCUGGAGAGACAGUUCUUGUCACUGCUGCUGCAGGAGGAACAGGACAAUUUGCAGCUCAACUUGCAAAAUUAGCUGGAAACAAAGUAGUUGCAACCUGUGGAGGUAAGGAUAAGGCAAAAUUUCUAAGGGAUUUGGGAGUUGAUCGAGUCAUCAACUACAAAGAAGAAUCUGUAAAAGAUGUUCUUAAGAAGGAAUUUCCAAAAGGCAUUGACAUUGUUUUCGAAUCUGUUGGUGGUGACAUGUUUGAUACAUGCUUCAACGCAUUAGCGACUUUCGGGCGAAUGGUUGUAAUUGGAUCGACCUCUCAGUAUAAUGAAGAUAUGGGAACUACACCAAGAAACUAUCCAGGAAUAUGUGAUAUACUUCGACAACAGAGCAAGACUGUGACUGGAUUCAACCUAGGCCAUUAUCAGCACGGAUGGAAAACACAUCUAGAUAAUAUGGUUCAUCUUUACUCUAUGGGAAAGCUAAAGGUUGGAAUAGACCCUAAGAGCUUUGUGGGUGUGCAAUCUGUUGUUGAUGCAGUUGAAUAUAUCCUUUCUGGAAAAAACAUUGGAAAAGUUGUUGUUUGCAUGGACCCGAGUUUCAACAAACAAGCAUCCAAUUAAGCUUUAAGCUUACGAAUAAUCAAAUAAACACCAGUAGACUGCAAAAACAUAUAUGUCACUAAAUGGGUGUAACUUAAACCAGAGAAAAAGAUCGAAGCUUUGUAAUUUAAAUAAUAUUAAAAAUAUACUUAAUUAAUGAAUGAAAAUAAGAUCACUUUGUUAUGAA